ACCCUUUUCUUCUUCAUCUUCUUCUUCUUCUUCCCCAUCCUUCCACCAAUCAACACCGUUUCAUCCAUGGCCGCGGCCGCCGCCGCCUCAAUCAAUUGCAAUACGCCCGCCCAAUCACCGCCCAAUCCACGCUUCAACAUCACCUCCACACCUCUCCAACAACGCACAACCAUCGCCACCACCUCCAAACCACCUAACUCCAAUCCACUAUCUCGAAAGAGCCGCCGCCGUCUACGGCGCCUCCCCUGCCAUCAUCUACAACGGCGUCACCCGAAAUUGGUCCGCCACUCUCACCAGAUGCCUCAAGCUCGCCUCCUCCAUCGCCGCCCUCGGCAUCUCCCGCGGCGACGUCGUCUCCGUCGUCGCCCCCAACAUCCCCGCCGCCUACGAGCUCCACUUCGCCGCCCCCAUGGCCGGCGCCGUCCUCAACGCAAUCAACCUCCGCCUCGACGCAAAAUCCAUCUCCAAUUUGCUCCGCCACAGCAAUUCCAAGCUCGUCUUCGUCGAUUUCCAAUCCGCAUCCCUCGUAAACGACGCCGUUUCACUCCUUCCCCCAAAUCACCGCCCCCCAAUUUUAGCCCUAAUCGGAGACGUCGACGGAAGCAUUCCGAUUGAGCUUAAUUACGAAGAGAUGGUUGAAAGCGGUGACGUGGAUUUCGAGUGGGCCCGGCCGUUGAGCGAGUGGGACCCGAUCGUGCUGAAUUACACCUCCGGCACGACGGCGGCGGCGCCGAAGGGGGUGGUGCUGAGCCACCGCGCGGCGGCGCUGCAGGCGGUGAACAUGGUGUUGGAGUGGGGGGUGCCGCGGCGGGGGGCGGUGCAGCUGUGGACGCUGCCGAUGUUCCACUGCAACGGGUGGAACAUGGCGUGGGGGAUGGCGGCGGUGGGCGGCGCCAACGUGUGCCUCCGCCGGGUGGAGGCGGAGGCCGUGUACGGGGCGCUGGAGGAGCACGGGGUGACGCACAUGUGCGGGGCGCCCGUGGUGCUCAACAUGUUGACCAACUACGCGGGGAGCAAGGCGCUGAGGGCUCCGGUCCACGUCAUGACGGGCGGGGCACCGCCUCCUGCGGCGGUGCUUGCGAGGGCGGAGUCGUUGGGGUUCGUUGUGAGCCAUGGGUACGGGUUGACGGAGACCGGAGGGCCGGCGGUGAUGUGCGUGUGGAAGCAAGAAUGGGACGAUUUACCAGGGCCGGAGAGAGCUCGGCUCAAGGCAAGACAAGGAGUCGGAUCCAUCUUCUCCCCCGAAGUCGACGUGGUGGACCCACGCUCCGGCAAGAGCGUGCCCCACGACGCCUCCACCACCGGGGAGAUCGUGCUUAGAGGCGCCACUCUAAUGUCGGGAUACCUCAACGAUCCAGACGCAACAUCUCGAUCCAUGAAAAACGGUUGGUUUUGGACGGGAGACGUCGGCGUGAUGCACGAGGACGGCUACUUGGAGGUCAAGGACCGGUCCAAGGACGUCAUCAUCUGCGGCGGCGAGAACAUCAGCAGCGUGGAGGUGGAGGCCGUGCUGUACGCUCACCCGGCCGUGCGCGAGGCCGCGGUGGUGGCCCGGCCGGACAAGUAUUGGGGGGAGACGCCGUGCGCGUUCGUGAGCUUGAAGGAGGAGGCGGAGAAGACGUCAGAGAAGGAGAUUAGGGAGUUUUGCAAGGAGCGGUUGCCGCUGUUUAUGGUGCCGAGGAUGGUGGUGUUUGAGGCGGAGCUGCCGAAGACGGCCACCGGAAAAGUGCAGAAGUUUUUACUCCGGGAGAUGGCUAAGGGUUUGUGAUAUUUUAGUGCCUUCUUUUAUUGCUAAUGUUACUCCUAUAUUGGAGUAUUGUAUUUUGGAGUAACGUCAAAUCAAAUCAUAUCAAACAUAAUGCUCCAGAAAAUAAAAUAAAA